AUGGCCUCCGAUCCAAAGGACGUUCUUGCGGGGCUGAAUUUGUCCAAGCUGUCGGUACAAUCUCCCGCCGUUCGUUUGAAGGAGCUAGAAAAUCUGAUCCUCGAUCAGGUUAACGUGUCCAACACGAACAAUAACAUCAACAGCAGUAGCAGCAACGGUACGAACAGUCCACUGUUUGGCAGCAUCCUUGGCGGAGCGAUAGCUGCCGCCGGGCUGUCGGCGGAAAAGUUCCUGUCCGUCGAAACGAUGCUGGACUGUUUGCUGGUGCUGUACGAUGAGUGUUCCAACUCGUCGCUCCGCCGCGAGAAGACGGUGUCCGAGUUUAUCGACCUGAUGAAGUCGGUCGUGCAGAGCAUCAAACAGUUGCGGCUGUCCCGAGAAGACUUCGAGGUGCUCAAGGUGAUAGGACGUGGUGCGUUCGGCGAGGUGUGCGUCGUACGGAUGCACCACACUAGUCAGAUCUACGCAAUGAAGAUACUGAACAAAUGGGAAAUGCUGAAGCGAGCGGAAACGGCUUGCUUCCGCGAGGAACGCGAUGUGCUCGUGUUUGGCGAUCGAAGAUGGAUCACCAACCUGCAUUAUGCUUUCCAGGACGAUAUCAAUCUGUAUCUCAUAAUGGAUUACUAUUGUGGCGGAGAUUUGCUGACCCUGCUGAGCAAGUUUGAGGACCGGCUGCCGGAGGAUAUGGCCCGGUUUUAUAUCGCCGAGAUGGUGCUGGCGAUACACAGCAUACACGAGCUAAAGUACGUGCAUCGGGACAUCAAGCCGGACAAUAUCGUGCUCGAUGCAAGCGGCCACGUUCGGUUGGCCGAUUUCGGCUCGUGUUUGCGGCUUGGGCCCCACGGCACGGUACAGUCGAACGUGGCCGUCGGCACACCGGACUACAUCUCGCCCGAAAUUCUGCGCGCCAUGGAGGACGGCCAGGGCAAGUAUGGGCCCGAGUGUGACUGGUGGUCGCUGGGGGUGUGCAUGUACGAGAUGCUGUUUGGCGAGACCCCGUUUUACGCGGAAAGUCUCGUCGAAACGUAUGGCAAAAUUAUGAACCACAAGAACUCGUUCGAUUUCCCGAACGACGACGAGGAGUACGGGGUGAGUGAGCAGGCCAAGGAACUGAUACGCCGAUUAAUCUGCGCUCCCGAGUAUCGGCUCGGUCAGAACGGUAUCGAGGACUUUAAGGCGCACCCCUGGUUCGAGGGCAUCAACUGGGCCACGAUACGGAACGGGCAGGCACCGUACAUACCGGAGGUUUCUAGUCCAACCGACACGUCCAACUUCGACGUGGACGACGCCGACAUCAAGCUGUCCGAUGCCGUACCGCCGACCACGAAUCCGGCCUUCUCCGGUCACCACCUGCCGUUCGUGGGGUUCACGUUUACCAAGGACAGCUCGCUGUCGGACGUAGGGAAACUUUCGCGUGCCAUCAGUAGCAGCAUUACGAGUCAAGCGACGGGAGGAGGCGCAGGGGGGCCUCUGGCGCCGCUCAAGCUAGAAAAGCACGGCUCGGAGGAGAAACAGCGCCUCAGCCCGGACAGUACGCGCAAGUUGCAGGAUGAGAUCAACAUUCUGACGAAGCGCAACUGUGAGCUCGAAAGUCAAAUCAAGAGCUUCGAACGGGUGGGCGCCCUGUCGGUGGGAACCGGUGCGUCCGAUUCGGUCGAUGGGCAAGUCGAUGCGAAGGUGAAGGAGUACGAGAAAACGAUUCGAUUCUUGCGCCAAGACAAAGAGGACCUGCAAAAGGAGCACCAGGAUUCGAUGGACCGCUUGAAGCAGCAGGACAAGGAGCUAAAGGAUGCGCUAGAGCAACGCAAGCUGGCCAUGACCGAGUAUACCGAGGUCACGGACAAGCUGUCCGACCUUCGGCAGCAGAAGCAGAAGUUGUCCCGUCAGGUGCGCGAUAAGGAAGAGGAGCUGGAGGUGACGAUGCAGAAGGUGGACACCCUGCGCAGUGAGCUCCGCAAAACGGACAAGCUGCGUCGUGAGCAAGAUGCCCGAGUGCAGGACUUGGUUUCGGAGUUGAACCGCGAACGGCAACAGCGCGAACGGUCCGAGGAGUGCUACCGGCAGUUGCAAGUCGAGGCACGCAGCCGCAGUUCGUCGGAACUGGGCUCCUCGAACUCGCUGGGCAUUUCGUCGUCCGACUCGAUCCGCUUGGAAAUCGAUCGACUGGAAGUGGAGUACAGCGAGAAGAUCAACCAACAGCAGACUCGCUACAACAUUGAGAUAUCGGCAUUGCGGGACCAGCUCAAUGAGGCCGACAACCAUCGGGAGAUGUUGCAGCGGGAACUGCAGCAGGCUCGCGAGAAGCUGGACUCUAGCCGCCUAGAGUCGCUCACGGACUCGGAGGAAACGAUCCUCGAGCUGCGCAAGCACCACGAGCGGGAAAAGAAGCUGCUGCUGGAUGAUAACCGCAAACUGAUCACCGACCUCGAGAUGAUCAGUGAAUCGAACCGACGUCUGACGGCCGAACGACUGCAAAUGGAAAGCGAAUAUGAAGACCUAAGGAAUAAACGCCAAGCAUUCAGUCAAUGGGAACGUCAGAUUUCGGAGAUCAUCCAGUGGGUGUCGGACGAGAAGGACGCCCGCGGUUAUCUGCAAGCGCUCGCCACCAAGAUGACCGAGGAGCUUGAGUACCUGAAGCACUCUGGCCCACUGAAUCACAGUGCGAGCGACAACAAGAACUGGCGCAACCGGCGCUCGCAGAAGCUCGACAAGAUGGAACUACUCAAUCUGCAGAGCUCGCUGCAGAACGAAAUCCAGGCCAAGGCAGCGAUUUCGGAGGAACUGACGCGCACUAGGACGGACCUGUUGGCCGCACAGAAGGAUCUGUUGGAGACUCGCCAAAUUUGCGACAGCAUCGGCGGUGAACUGAAGCGCAAGGAGAACGCCAUCAAAGAGUUGCAACAACGGCUUGAAUCAAACGAAGGAUUCCUCGAGCGGCCCUCUUCGCAAAUGUCCUAUCUGGAUCACUUCCUGAAAGAAUCCGGCGGUGUUGGCAGCGGUGGUGGCGCUGGCUCCAGCUCAACGACGCACACAAACUCAACGUUGGCCAUCAACAUGCCGUCGGGUAGCAGUGGCGCUGCGGGGCAGCAAUCGCACCGCAAAAGUAGUGGCGGUAGUCAGCAGCACGUAAACACUUCGACUAGCUCAUCCUCGAACAAUCUAACCACCAAUGCACCAUCGCACCUCAACCAACAGCAUAACCAAAGCCUCUCAUCUUUGCAUAAACAACAAUUACACCACCAACAGGUGCAGCCACCGUCGUCGACGCCUCAGCCGCCGACGCAACAGCAGCUGCAGUCCCAUCACACCUACAGCAACCAGCAGCUGUUGCUUCAGCAGCAGCAGCAGCAGCAGCAGCAACAACAACAGGAACACCAGCUGCAGCAGCAGCAGCAACCCCCGAUGCAUCAUUCAAACUACUCGAUGGAAAGCGAGGACGGCGAUGUGGAGGACAACAAUCGCGGGCAUUCCUUGUCCAGUUCGAAGAGCAAUUUGAGCGACCAUUCGCUGAGCAUGCACAGCGUGAUGAUGUCCCACCAGCAGGAUCUCCAUCCGCAUCGGCCCCAGAAGCCGAAGGUGCACCAGUUCCUCGUGCGCACCUUCUCCAGUCCGACCAAGUGCAACCACUGCACCUCGCUGAUGGUCGGUCUUACGCGGCAGGGCGUGGUUUGUGAACUGUGUGGUUUCGCGUGCCACAUGAUCUGCUGCCCGAAAGUGCCCACCCAGUGCCCGGUUCCGUCGGAUCAAACGAAGCGUCCACUCGGCAUCGAUCCGACGCGUGGCAUCGGUACGGCCUACGAGGGUUACGUCAAGGUACCGAAGCUGGAUGCCGUCAAGCGCGGCUGGGUGCGCCAGUUUGUCGUGGUGUGUGAUUUCAAGCUGUUCUUGUACGACAUUUCCGCUGAUCGGAGCGCCUUGCCAAGUGUUCACGUUACUCAGGUACUGGAUAUGCGAGAUCCAGAAUUCACGGUUUCAGGCGUACGGGAGAGCGAUGUUAUUCAUGCAACAAAGAAAGAUGUCCCCUGUAUAUUUAGAAUAACGACAUCGCUGCUAGACGGUGGACCAUCGCUGCAGACACUGAUGCUGGCUGACACGGAAUCGGAGAAAGCCAAGUGGGUAGUCGCCCUGAGCGAGCUGCACCGCAUACUGAAGCGAAACAACCUUCCCAAUACGGCCAUAUUUCGGGUGCGGGAGGUGCUGGACAGCAAAGUGUCGGCGAUCCGUAGCGCUCUCAGUGCGUUAAUCAUCGACCCGGAACGGAUACUGCUCGGCACCGAGGAUGGUCUGUUCUGUCUCGAUCUGGAUCGCAGUCAAAUCGCACGGAUAGGCGAGAGCAAGAAGGUGUACCAGCUGUGGUACAUCGCCGAAGAGCAACUGCUGGUCAUCCUGUGCGGGAAGCAGCGACACCUUCGGCUGCUACCGAUCCGGGCGCUCGAAACGGCGGACGUCGAGUGGAUCAAGGUGGCCGAAUCGAAAAACUGCAUCACCGCCUGCACCGGCGUAAUCGAGCGUGGGCCACAGCCCGUCUUUUGCAUCGUGCUCGCCCUGAAGCGCCAGAACACAUCCCAGAUCGUCGUGUACGUGGUUAACCGGAACCGCAGCCGGCAUCACAAGAUGUGCGAGUUCACCGUUGCCUAUCCGGUCCAGAGCCUGCAGGUGCUUUCCGAUAUGCGGCUGGCCGUGGGGCACCAGAGUGGGUUCACUGCGUACUGUCUACAAGGCGCGGCGCAAGCCAUGCCCCUGGUCCAUCCUGAGAAUCAAUUAAACAACUUCCUCAACUUUUCCGGCGUAGAUGCAUGGCGGGUGAUCGAAAUUCAGUCUGGUCAUGGUAACAACGUGCACGGUGAAUAUUUGCUCGUGUUUCAGACGCUCGCCAUCUAUGUCGAUCUUCAGGGGAGAAAAUCGCGCGAUCGCGAGAUAAUGUACCCGGCCGUUCCGAAGCAUAUCACGUACUGUGACGGUCACCUACUAGUCUACUCGGAAACUCAUUUGGACAUUUUCAACACGCAAACUGCCGAAUGGGUGCAAUCGAUUGGUUUGAAACGUUCCCGUCCGCUCAUGAACAAUGGCAGCCUUACGUUAACCUAUCUCAACGAUACCGUUCACGUCGUCUAUUUAGCAAACAUGCACACGAGAGAAUUGCUCAAUCUGUCCCCGUGUGAUCGUGAUGGUCGCCUGAAGACGAAACGCUUCUCACUGAGGGAACCGAACCGCACCAUCCGCACGAGCACCGAUCGUCGUUCGAAGCUUAUCUCAGCCCCAACCAAUUUCAAUCACAUUUCACAUAUGGGGCCCGGAGAUGGCAUUCAAAAGCAGCGACUUCUGGACCUCCCGACCACGAUCGAGACCGCCGAUCAAAGUAGCCAACAGCAACGGAUUUCAACUAUGCGUCACGCGCCGCCGCCUCCUCGCGCACCGCCUCGUCCGUCGAUGAUCCAUCCACACAAUGGUUCAAACAACUCUUUGCCCGGCGCUAAACGUACGGCACCGGCAAGGCCACGCGACCAACCACCAUCGUUACCACGUUCACCUAGUCCACUGGGAAGCAUGUCCUCAUUACAUGACGUCUUAAAGGUUUCGGUCGCCGACAUGCAGUCUGAGUCGCGGCAAAGUGUUGCGAGCAAUAACUCCAGUUCCGUUUCGACUCCACCGUCACCCACGAAUGAUCGAUUGAGUUCCAGUUACGAUUCAUAAUGUUUCCUGAAAUAUUUCUCCAAAUUGUUGAACAUUCGUUCAGUGUUCGAACGGAAUCGGCCAUCGUUCUGUCUGAGGCCUCCCUUGCCGGAGAGCCACGUGCGCCGCAGUUCGGAUGCUUUGUGAGCCCACCUUUUGUUUAUUUGUUUUAACACUACGCCAUAUACCGUUAGUUGGACUUGGAGAAAGAGUGUCAAAAUCUGCAAUAUAUACGCACUUCAAGCUAAAGCCGGUAGUUUCACCGUGCGCGUUCGGAGGAAUGUCCCUCUGAGGUAUCUACACGCUUGUGUCCAGGAGAGGGGUGCUUAGCGAUAAUUUAUGAUCUCUUGAAAGUGAACAAAAGCUUCUUUACUUGUUUCAAGUUUGUUUUUUUUAAUGGCUCUGUCCCGUCUCAAAUCAACCCGACCCGAGAAGUGGUCCGGGAACCCGCUGUAUCAAUUAUAAAGGGCGGCGAUGAGACCGUAAUUAGUUCCAUCACUCAAACACAACAAUAACUGUGAGCUGGGUCGUCAGAAGGCCAAUUGAUGUUAUGAGCAAUAUAUUUGAUCACCAUUUUC